CCACGUCAAACACAGUGCCACGUCAGCAGUGCCACAUCAGCAGUGCCACGUAAGCAGCAGUGCCACGUCAGCAACAUGACGGGCCUGCCAGGCCAACUGGCCAAUGAGACCAUUGCCGCCUACAAGCAGCGUUGCCUGGCUCAGAUAGAGGCUGAGGAACAAUGUCUGCUGGCAGUCGAGGCUGCCCGCGUACAGGCUGAAGAGGCAGCAGCAGCAGAGAAGUUGCGGCUACAGGCCGAUGCAGACGCAGAUGCCCARGCUCGCCGCAAGGAAGCCCAGGAUCUGCUGCAGCGGCGUGAAGCCAACAGCAUCGACAGACUCAAGUACUGGCAUUUUAAACCGAACGGCGACGAGGCAACACCGGAAGAGAAGCACAAGGAGUUCCUCUCCAAACUCGUGACGCGGUUGUUGUAUGCUUGCAACUACCAACGGUCAGAGUUGGAGAGACAGUACCGGGACCUGACGCAACAGCAUCAGGAGUUGGCGACGCUCCGCCGCACAGUGCAGAGCCACGAGGAUGCAACUCGGGCACUCAAUGCCCGAUUGUUGGACCUGGAACAAGCUGUACCAGGACCAGCUGCUGAAGCUUCCAGCAGUGCACCCUCAAGCCGUCAACUGGAGGACCGAGUUGACCACGUAGUGGCAAUGCUCGGYGACAUCAGCACCUUCGCUGCGCCGACCACCACCAUCAGCAGUCAGCUGCAUACAUUGAAGACCAAGGUCCAGAAGCUGCAGUCGACGAACGCGGACGACAAUCYGAAGAUGUACAAGAUGCCAACUUUCAACCUGGAGAGGUUCGACGACUACACGCAGCAGGAUCCCGUCCUCUGGUGGGAAGCAUUCACAACGCAACUCAGGAUUCUGCCAGUAGCCAAGCAUGYGUACAUCGGCGCCCUGUUCCUGAACUCAAAGGGCGGAUGCCAGACCUGGUUGAGCCACCUGGCAACCUCCCACGGCGUCGACGUACCAGACUUGAAGGACGUAAUCACAUGGGAGGAACUGACACGGCUGUGGAAGAAGCGGUUCAUCGUCGACGACGCGCCGGCACUCGCCAUCAACCGUUUGUUCACCAUGUCACAGGGCAACACAGCAACACGGGACUGGCUCACAGAGUGGCAGAAGAUUGCAGCUGUGCCCAAUCUGAACAUACCAUUCGAGCAUCCACGCCGUGAGUUCUACAACAGGUCAUGUGCGGCAUUGAGCCAGGCUCUUGGUGAUCGCGAGCAGUACUCAACCUUCGUGGAGAUCAUUGACAAAGUGAGGGAGAUCAUCAAGACCAACAGGUCAGCUGCACAGGAGAAAUCAACAUCAUGGCAGCCGACCUAUGUGGAGAAGGUACGAAUUGGUCUGCCACAGUAGCACUUCGCUGCAGUCCAGCAGGACAGUGGAGAUAACCCAGCAGCCACUCCAGCAUCAAGUGACGGAGAUC